CGAGCACUCGGAGUAAAUCAGCCCGCAGCUGGCGCUUAACGGAACGAAUGUUGUGAGUAGAGAAACCUGUGUGAUCCUUAUGUGCUGUAACAGCUGCGAGAUCUCUGGACAAACAUUAGACCAGCCCAAAGUCUUUAAGUGCUUCACGGAUCUAGUACUACAAAACAGCAGUAAUGUCAGCUAUGGAGAACAACACAGAAAAUACAGAGGAGGAGAAGCCAACUGUAAGCAACGAGAACACAGACAAUAGCACCGAAACAGCAACAGAAGAACAGCUGAUGGACUUCAGUACAGAAAUUAUAGGUGUCACUGAGAUGGAACAAUCACCUGAUAGUUCCCCUGGCCUGAAUGCAGACAGCAUGCAAGAGAGUGAAAUUCCUGCUAUCGAAAGUUUACAGGCAACAGAUACUGAGGCUGGCUUUCCUCCAGAUUUUGACAAGUUCUGGAAAGUAGUAGAGGACAAUCCCCAGGAUUUCACAGGAUGGGUAUAUCUACUACAGUACGUAGAGCAGGAGAACCACUUACCAGCUGCCAGGAAAGCAUUUGACAGAUUUUUCACACAUUAUCCAUAUUGCUAUGGAUAUUGGAAGAAGUAUGCAGACCUUGAGAAGCGACAUGACAACGUUAAGCAGUCUGACGAGGUUUAUCGCAGAGGGCUUCAGGCAAUUCCUCUUAGUGUCGAUCUUUGGAUACAUUAUAUAAACUUCUUAAAGGAGACUUUGGACCCUGCUGAUCCUGAAACGAGCAGUACAAUUCGAGGCGCCUAUGAACAUGCAGUCUUAGCUGCUGGGACAGACUUCCGUUCUGACAGACUGUGGGAAAUGUAUAUAAACUGGGAAAAUGAACAGGGAAACUUAAGGGAAGUUACAUCCAUCUAUGACCGCAUCCUUGGAAUUCCAACGCAGCUGUACAGUCAUCACUUCCAGAGGUUUAAAGAACACAUACAGAACAACUUGCCUCGAGACUUUCUGACUACUGAGCAGUUUGUUCAGCUGCGCAGAGAAUUAGCGUCUGUGAACGGCCACAGCGGGGAGGACGCGCAGCCUGAUGAUGACCUGCCUUCUGGUGCUGAAGACAUAACUGACCCUGCCAAGCUGAUCACUGAGAUAGAAAACAUGAGGCACAGGAUCAUUGAGAUUCAUCAAGAAAUGUUUAACCACAAUGAACAUGAAGUCAGUAAGAGGUGGACAUUUGAAGAAGCGAUAAAGAGGCCUUACUUUCACGUAAAACCUCUGGAGAAAAUUCAGCUGAAAAACUGGAAAGAGUACUUAGAAUUUGAGAUAGAAAAUGGCACUCAUGAGAGAGUUGUGGUCCUCUUUGAAAGAUGUGUUAUUUCAUGUGCCCUCUAUGAGGACUUCUGGAUUAAGUAUGCCAAAUACAUGGAGAAUCAUAGUAUUGAAGGCGUGAGGCAUGUCUACAGCAGGGCUUGCACUAUACAUCUUCCUAAGAAACCAAUGGUUCAUAUGCUGUGGGCUGCCUUUGAGGAACAGCAAGGCAACAUCGACGAAGCAAGAAGAAUCUUGAAAACCUUCGAAGAGUGUAUUCUAGGGCUAGCAAUGAUCCGCUUGCGAAGAGUGAGCUUAGAACGCAGACAUGGAAACAUGGAAGAUGCUGAACACCUGCUUGAAGAAGCUGUUAGAAAUGCCAAAUCAGUUAGUGAAUCAUCAUUUUAUGCCAUCAAAUUAGCUCGACACCUCUUCAAAGUACAGAAAAAUCUUCCAAAGGCAAGAAAAGUGCUGUCAGAAGCCAUAGAAGUGGACAAAGAAAAUACAAAGCUGUACCUCAACUUGCUUGAAAUGGAGUACAGCGGCGAUCUCAAGCAGAAUGAAGAAAACAUCUUGAGCUGCUUUGAUAAAGCUGUCAAUGGCGCCUUGUCUAUAAAAAUGAGGAUUACGUUUUCUCAGCGAAAAGUGGAAUUCCUUGAAGAUUUUGGUUCCGAUGUAAAGAAGCUUCUGGAUGCUUAUGAUGAACAUCAGGCCCUUCUCAAGGAGCAGGAUUCUUUGAAAAGGAGAGCGGAGAACGGGUCAGAGGAGCCAGAUGAAAAGAAAAUGCUAACAGAUGACCCAACACUUUCAUCAGCACAGAUGAUGGAUGGAGACAUGCAAGUCAAUCAGGCAGCAUACAACUACAAUGCCUGGUACCAGUACAAUUACCAGAAUGCAUGGAAUUACGGACAGUACUAUCAUGCAACUUGAUCCGAAGAGUGAGUGCCGCAGUUUCAACAAAGAUGGAAUACAAAGAAGUUAUAUUUUUCUAAAUUAGGGAUGUGGAAGAACUGUUGUAAUACCUGCUUUUUGGUCUUCUGCAUGUGAAGUGAGCUGGUGUUCCCAGGGUAUGUGUGAAGCAAGAUCUGUGUGCUGGUAACCGAUAAAUGGUAUCUCUGUACAACUCUAGUUUACCAUAAAUGCAUUUGUUUUGUUUUUUUAAUUCCCUGCACUAAUUUAUGGAGGUAUCUGAAGAAUUUUUUUGGUCUCAGGCUGAUGCUGUGGAUUUAACCAGUAAAGCUCUAGGGGUUUUGCUUUGGUUGGGUUUCCCCCAAGGCUGUUGUGCCAUGCCAGCUGCCGCAGGAUGCAGCAACUCAGGUGCACAGCACUCCUCUCCUGCUCUGCUCUCCAGCUGUAUGUAAUGACCUACUUCUAUCACAACAUCUUCUCUGUGCCCAUGAGCCAACCCAGACUGCUUUGUGGUGUAAAGAUUGAAACUUUGAUGACACUGGCAGCCUUUGCAAGCUGCGGUACGUAUUUUCUAUUCCAUGUGGGGGUCAACAAUUAAAAUGCAGUGCAAAAUGAUGUUGCAUUCUUUUUUAAAAAGCACAAACUGUGUUUGGGAUGAUUUUUGUAUUUAGAGUUUUUCAUGUACACAGUGUGAGCAAACUUUUUUUCAUUUUGAUCAAAGUGAUCAUUCCCAUUUUUAUAAUAAAAGCAAGGAAUUCA